CAAAUGAAAUCAUAUCAAAAUGCAUAUGUAUGGUGUGAUAGGGCUCAAAAUAUUUUAGAAGAAUAUUUACAAAAAAAAGAAAACAUAAUGUAACUCUUUAUUGUGGUUUGAUAAAAAUCUGCAUAACUUUCGCACAAUUUAUUUAUUUUUUUAUUUUGGAUAUAAACACGACAAUCGGAGAUUAUUCGUAUAUAAUACAUGCUUGAACGUGAUGUAUAGUAACUAUUGAUACGAGAUGGCAUGGUUCGGAUAUUAAAGACAGUAUAGAACCGUAAAUAUUUGAAUUAGAAAGGCGAGUGAUUACUUAUAUAAUAUACUAUGUACGUUGGUUAUUCUACUGAUGCCAGAGACCUUUCAGUUUCCGAUGCGAUAUACAUGACAUCAAAAUCAUUGCAGAAAAAGCAGAAAAAACUUAUAUACAUAUUAAAUUUAUAAAGCUGCUGAUGCUAUACCGCUAUUAAGGAAUAUUGUAAUAACUUUAGCAAUGAAAUAUAUAAAUACAAUGUCCAUUCUUUUGACAAUAACCAUGUGUAGCUUAUUGAGAGUGUUGAGCUGUGCAAAAGAUUGUGCGCUACUCCAUUCCCUCGAUGAACAGAAAGAAGGGAAUAUAAAAAAUCCAUUGGACAGAUAUGUCACUUUCCACAUUUUUGAAAACGAAGAGUGUUCGGUGAACACGACAUUCGUUUAUAGUGUUUUAUCAUCAACACAUGAACAAGACAUAAAUAACACUGGGACAAUCAACUCAUCAAAUCUUACGAUUGCUCUUAAAUUUUUGUGUUCUAAAACCCAAAUUCAUUUCAUGCCCUUCAACUCUAGUAUAGUGAAUAUCACACGGAAGUGGAAUAUAGCGUUAAUUCUAGAUAAAUGUUCAGUUGCACUUGAAGAGGUCAAUGUUAUUCUAGUGUUUGGAAGAAUAAUCAUGUUACAAGUAUUCGAAAAUCCGAAGAUUUUUGAGAUGGACACUAAGUGCAUGUAUGCGUCAGACCUUCAAGCGCUUCGAAUUCAAAACACAUGUGAUGAAAAGAAAAUGAAUGUUAAGAAAAUGUUAUUUUGGGAUUCUUGCAGCCAAACAUUUUCCAGUACAAUUAUACUUUCUCUAAGCAUUUGUUUGGAUAUGAACACUACUGCACUUCAAGAACGAUUUCCAAAUUUAUAUACUUUAGUUCUAUGUAAUGUAAGCAUACGCGGCGCUUUAUACUUCCCAUUCAACAGAAAUCACACAAAGACCGAAAUGAAAGAUAAAGAAAUAAUGAAUAUAUUGAAAUUGUUUUUUGACUUUUUGCAGAAACCAUAUCCAUUUUAUUACUUGUUUCCAGAAACUUCUCUCAUUUUACUUAACUGCAAAAUCAAUCAAAAUUUACUACAUUUAAGUGGAAGAGGUGAUGAAAUACACAUGACCAACAUGGCUAUUGAAUUUAUGAAACCUGUCCUAUUCCGCGACAUAGUUGUAACUACAACACUUGAUCUUUCCUACAACAAUCUAGAAAGUGUAGACGAAAAUUUAUUUCAAAAUCAACCUCUGCUGAAAUAUCUCCAUCUCCAAAAUAACAAAUUAACAGUGUUACCGCAAAAUAUAUUCAAAGGUCUGAGAAGUAUUUUGACCAUUGACGUGUCCCAUAAUUUUAUAACAAGUAUACACAUUGACCCAUUUCAGUCCCUUCCUCAUAUACAGGAAAUAUAUCUAAAUAAUAAUCUAAUAGAAUAUUUACCAGUAAAUAUUUUCAAGAAUCUGACUAAUUCUCUUACAGCGCUCUAUCUGAAUUCUAACCCACUAAAAGACAUCCCUGUUUGGCCUUUUUAUGCUACAUUUUUAAAUGUGUAUCAUAUAUGUAAUGCAAAAUUAACUGGACAAAGUAUCAUUAGACUUUUGGAUCAUUUAAAGAAAAUAAAUAUAGUUGAAAAAGAAGUUGAAACUCAAUUGGCAUUACCUAUAAAGUCACAAGCACCGCCUCCGGAAGUUUUACUUCAUAAUAAUGAAAUAAAAACUAUUCCAUCUGUUGAUAUGACUGAGCUGCGGUUGGACAAACUUUUAACUUUGCUAUCACAUUUUACCCUGUAUUUUAAUAGAAAUCCUCUCACAUGUAAUUGUGACACAUACGCAAUUCGCAGGUUGUAUGAAAGUGCUUACGAGACAAGUCAGAUUCGGUUAGCUAGGCUUUCUUUAAACACUUUUCAGUGCGAGCAACCAUCAGAGUUACGUGGCCGACUUAUGUGGAAUAUCACAGAGAGAGAAAAGUAUUGCGCGGUAACCUUGAAAGAUUGUCCACAGAAAUGUGACUGCUUUCAAAGAAAAACUAAAGACACGAUCGUAGUUGAUUGCAGAGGUCGUUCUUUGGUGGAAAUGCCCCAGCUAUUACCAUCGUAUAAAUUAGAGUUGUGGUUUGAGAACUCAAAUAUUUCAAAAGUCAGUUCAUAUUCAUAUUUAGAAAACGUAACACUUUUAAAUCUAGCAAAUAACCAUAUCAAACAAAUCUCUGCAUCAGUUAUUAACAAAUUGAGCAUCGCUCGGAUCGUCUAUCUACACUCAAAUAACCUGACCUAUCUUCCAAUUCAAUUACAAUCUCUACAGUUGACAAAAGUUACAUUGUCAAACAAUCCAUUUGUUUGCGAUUGCACCAUGAGAUGGAUGAAGACAUGGCUACUAAAUGAUGAAGACUAUAUAGCUGACUGGAUAAACGUUCAGUGUUUGGACAAGUCUAAUAACAUCAGGCAGUUCAUUGCUGUCCCAGAUUCACACUUUGUCUGUAUGGCAAAUAAUAUCAGUUUUGUUGAACACGUAUUUCUACCAUCAAUUAUAAUAGGUUCUGUAGUUUUCGUGCUUCUGGUGCUUUCAUUGAUAAUUUACGUUUUCAGGUUUAAUGUUAAAGUUUUAUUGUUUGUUUUCUUUAAUAUACAUCCUUUUGACAAGAAAAAGCAGAAAGAGGAAACCAACUUUUAUGAUACUGUAGUCAUUUACGUUCAGGAAGACAAAAAGUUCGUAGAAGUGAUAAUUAAUCAUUUAAGGAAAAGAAGAUACGAAAUUGGCGAUCUAUACAGGCAUUCUUUUGUAGGAUAUACGUGGAUAGAAAACAUAGAAAAAUUGAUAGCUUGUUCAAAGAGUGUAAUCUUGUGCAUGCCAGUAGAUUCAAUAAAUGAUAAAAUUAUCCAAGCAGCAUGGAAUAUAGCGUAUGACAGAUGCAUCACGUCGUCAAUAAACUCUUUAAUUUUGAUUACAGACAAGACUAUUCAGAAACAAAAACACCUAGAUGGAAGUCUUAGGCUUUUUGUCAGAAGCAUUAACUGUGUAGAUAGGCAUGCGAGACUACUUUUGGAAAAAAUUGAUUACCUGGUCGCCAGUCUUACACCAAACAAUGGUAACACCGAAGCGAACACUGAAGAACAGUGCAUUGAUAUAGACUCGAAGCGAAUUCUUGUUUCUUAUCCAGAUGAACUUCAUUUGUAUGUUAAGAAUAAGCUGAUGUCCUUUCUCUCUGGGAGGAAAUUAACCAUGAAAGUGUUAGACAUGCUUUUUACGGUAGGAACUGACAAAAGAGAAGAACUUCCUGACAUCCUAGAGGCAGCUGACUUCGUCAUUUUCAUUGUCAAUGACGAAAUAUUAAAUGAUGAAAUCUUACUGUAUAUAUUGACCGAAAUUCUUACUAAAUCUCAGCUUGAGAAUUACAACUACUUACUCUUGUGCACAUCAGGUCAAAUAUGUAUCGAGAACAUGCCAAAGGAUUUGUUAAAAUAUGUUGAAAACUAUGUCACCAUAAGCACAAAUGAUAUCAAAUUUGAAGAUCGUAUCUUGGAAUCAAUAACUCAGAUAAAACAAUUGAAGGAAAAACGAGAAAUACACGAUGCUGAAAUUAUUCCAUUACUGUAAAUGUCUUUUAUUUCAUUACACUUUUUCACAGGCCAAUUUGAAAUGAUUUACUUCAGUGAAUUGUAUAUUUCAUAAUACUGAAUAAAUAAAAAUAAAUCUGACCAUGUAAGUGCGUUUAAUGCGAGUCAUACACACAUUUAGACGAAAAUUGUUUUCUCUCAAAAAUCCAUAAAAAGUACGUACUGUAAAAAUGACAACUGGUACUAAUUUAUUGACAUGUUUUAGCUAGGUUUCUCAAUAACAUGAUAAAUAACAGAAACGUUAUGCAGAAAGCUAUAAACCGUUGCAAUGCUUUUGAAACAAUGGUGAAAAGCAACAUUCCUUCCUUUGUACCAAUAUCUAAUAUUUAUUUUAGUUCUCUGUCAAAUAUACCAUUAUAUAUUUAUGCCAAACGUAUUGGAAAUGCAAAUAUUGAAACAUUUGAUUUCAACUGUGGGUGAGUACCUUUAAGUUUCAGCAAAGUUUUCUUUAUAAGGACUAUAGUCAAGAACGUAUUGAACUAGCUAAUGUUUGCAAGAAUUGCUUUAAAUUUCGAUUUAUGACUUCAGUAUUGUGUGUGUUGUUUUUUCUUUGCACCUUUGUAAGGGUAUAUUAAUUUUAAAAGCAUAACUUUGCUUUUCGAUAGCAAAUAAUGUUACACAUUUACCUAUUUCCAUGUUGUAAGGGCAACAUUAGUACAGUAGAUUAAUUUUAUUCGCACUAUGUUAUCGAAUUAUAUAUUUUCAGCAUUGAUUUAAAUCUUGUUAAUAGUUCAUAUAUAUAUAUUGUGAUAUUUAUAGUUGAUCAUCUUUCGCUGAUGGCAAAGAUCACUCAUGGCAGAUGAAAUCUAAGUUGUAUUAAUUUGCGCAUUUCAGUUCAGCGUGAAUGUUUGUAUAUUUAUAUAUCGUAUUAACUUUUCAAACAGCUACGUGUCUUUUAAGUGAAUAAAGUCAGUAACAAAAUAAUUUGGAAGCAUAGAAUGCAACUAAGCAGCACUAUAGCAGUUUGAUAGAUAGAAGCCGUUCUCGAGAAACGUGCAACGCCGCUCACGCCUCCUAGCUCCAGCUAAAGCGGAAUUAUAUUACAGUAAAAAUAACGUUCUCCAUAAUACAAAAGGACCAAAACCUAUAACACUGAAUCCAAGUACGGGCCGCCAAACGGCACUGAAACCCGCUGUUGUGAUGGUUAAUUAAAUCUGUCAAAAGGUCUUUGGAAGCAUAAAUGCGAUCGAGCAGCAUACUUGCAAUUGCAAACUCGGAUUGAAUGACUCAUGUUCCUGAGAGGUAAUGAAAUGUGCAACACCCCUCAUGUUCCCUAGCACCAGCUUUAAUGGUAUUUCAUCACAGUAAAAAUGAAUGUUCUCUAUGAUCAAAAAAGACCUGAAAAUUUCUCAACAGUAAAUCCAAGGACGUUGGGAAAUUUUACAGUCGCCAAAAAGCACUUAAAGGCAAUUGUUGUAUAUAGGUGUGUUAUUAGAAAUUUGAAUGUAACAUGAGGCACGCGUAACGUACAGCACAAUUUAUAUGAUAAAAAUUACAGUGCUGAAAUAAAUAUUACAAUGUGUUGUUUUCUGUCUGCGAUGAACAUUACUUUAAAUGCGGUUACAUAUAUUAUUUACAAAAUAAAUGUUGUAUGCACGAUAUUCACAUGUGAAUUUUGGAUUAACACAGCAUAACUUCUUUAAUGUCAGUAGCUGCAGAGGUUUAAUGUGAUAUUGUGAAGAAUGUAUGUAUAGUUUUAAAUGUAUCAUGUAACAUUGUUGUGUUUGUACAGAUUACUUCAUGUACAAAUAAUAAUCGCCAUUUUUAGUUUGUGGCGAUAUACCUUGUAUAAUGUUAAUGCGUUAAUAAAUUGAUCUUGAAAU